CCGCCUCCGGAGUCCAUGGCCGGGACGCGCUGGGUGCUCGGGGCGCUGCUCCGGGGUUGUGGCUGCAACUGCAGCAGCUGCCGGCGCACCGGCGCCGCCUGCCUGCCCUUCUACUCGGCCGCCGGCUCCUUCCCCUCGGGCGUCUCGGGACGUCGCCGCUUGCUGCUGCUGCUCGGAGCCGCCGCAGCCGCGGCCUCCCAGACGCGGGGCCUCCACGCCGGGCCUGCGCCCGCCGGGAGACUGGCGGGGCCUCCCCCCACGGCCGCCUCCGCCGCAGCCGCGGCCGCCGCCUCCUACCCGGCCCUGCGCCCCCCUCUGCUGCCGCAGUCGCUGGCGGCGGCCGCGGGCCCGGCGCGGGGCUACGGCCAGGAGUCUAAAACUACCUACCUGGAAGACCUUCCACCUCUCCCUGAAUAUGAAGUGACUCCAGCUAAGCUAGGAGAAGUGGAUGAUGUAUAUCUCAUUCGAGCUCAAGGAUUACCGUGGUCCUGCACUGUAGAAGAUGUGCUCAACUUUUUCUCAGACUGCAGAAUCCGCAAUGGUGAGAAUGGAAUACACUUCCUUUUAAAUAGAGAUGGGAAACGAAGGGGUGAUGCCUUAAUUGAAAUGGAGUCAGACCAGGAUGUACAAAAGGCCUUAGAAAAGCAUCGGAUGUACAUGGGGCAGCGGUAUGUGGAAGUAUAUGAGAUAAACAAUGAAGAUGUAGAUGCCUUAAUGAAGAGCCUGCAGGUCAAAUCUUCACCUGUGGUGAAUGAUGGCGUGGUUCGUUUGCGAGGACUUCCUUAUAGUUGCAAUGAGAAAGACAUCGUAGACUUCUUUGCAGGACUGAAUAUAGUAGAUAUUACUUUUGUUAUGGAUUAUAGAGGGAGAAGAAAAACAGGAGAAGCGUAUGUGCAGUUUGAAGAACCAGAAAUGGCCAAUCAAGCCCUAUUGAAACACAGGGAAGAAAUUGGUAACCGAUACAUAGAGAUAUUUCCAAGCAGAAGAAAUGAAGUUCGAACACAUGUUGGUUCUCAUAAAGGAAAGAAAAUGUUAUCUUCUCCUACUGCUAAAUAUAUAACUGAACCAGAAAUGCUAUUUGAAGAACAUGAAGUAAAUGAAGAUAUUAGGCCCACAACAGCUUUUGAAAGUGAAAAGGAAAUAGAAUUGCCUAAGGAGGUAUCAGAAAAGCUUCCAGAGACAGUUGAUUUUGGAACUGCAUCUUCACUACAUUUUGUUCACAUGAGAGGAUUGCCUUUCCAAGCCAAUGCUCAAGAUAUUAUAAAUUUUUUUGCUCCACUGAAGCCUGUUAGAAUCACCAUGGAAUACAGCUCCAGUGGGAAGGCCACUGGAGAAGCUGAUGUGCACUUCGAUACCCAUGAGGAUGCUGUUGCAGCUAUGCUCAAGGAUCGAUCCCAUGUUCACCAUAGGUAUAUUGAAUUGUUCCUGAAUUCAUGUCCAAAAGGAAAAUAAGACUUCCAGGGACUCCAGAUAAUAAGGAUGAAGCAAGAAGCAUUUCAUUUGCACAUCUUUCUUGGACAUGGGAUAUAAUGUUCCAGAUUUUUAGCAGCAACUGCUAGAGAAAGAAUUUUGGGGUUUUGGGGUAUUGCUUCAAAGAAAAAUUCCAUAGUGGACUGUUUAGAAAGAAAAAGGAAAUAUUUCAGUUUGGGAUUAUGAAAUAAGCCACAAAUUUAAAUUUUUGUUUAAAUCAUCCCAGAUCUGAUUAAAAAAUCUGGUCCUUAUUUUUUAUGAUUAAAUUUGUUUUCAUAAAGGAUGUUACCCAAUUGAAGACUACAUAUUUUUAUUCAGUGCUGUCCUUAAAAUCUUUCUCUCAUUUAAAAAUUUAUUUGUGAGGUUUUGUUUUUUGCUUAUGAAUUGAGAACUCUAAUGCAAAACUUAAUGGCAUAAAGUACUGAUUUAUUUUAACCAAAUAUUCACCAAAGCAAUGAAAGGUUUCAGAACUUUGAACCAAUAUGGUUUGGCAGAACAGUUUUUAAUUUUAGGUGUAUUUGAUUAUUUAGAAAGGGUAAAGAAAGAUUGAAAAAAUACCAACAGGUUAGUAUAAAUGGCAACAGUUUGGCAGUUUUAUGUCUUCAAAAAUGUUUGCCUUUCUAAGACUUUUGUUAAAGGUAUUUAACAUUCGUGCCUGUAUACUUACGGAGGAAAUUCUAAUUUCAACUUAAAAGUUGUCUGCCCUCCCCUUUUUGGUAAUUUGUUUUUGGGUAAACCAUAAGGGUGUUUUGUUAGUUUCAAGACUGUGAAGUGAUAUGUCAAAACAGUCCUGUCUGGGAAGGACAUUAAUGGCUUCACUUGAUUUUAAACCAGCUCUAGAUAGGAAAAAAAUCUGUCUCCUCAUUUGCUUUUUCAGUGGGGUGGGUAGCACAUCCCGUAUUUUAGAACAAGUAGGGGUGCCUUGCUUAAAUAAAAAUAGCAUUUAAUGUAUAAUUGUGUGAAGGGUUUAUGGAAAAAGCUGUACUAAUGUCACAUUGUGACAGUAACUUCUGCUUUAAUAUUAAACAGCUUGUUAUUUAAAUAUUGGAUCAAAAUGGCUGGCUUAAAAAUGUAGUCGUUAAUAAACUAACUUUAUGUGCACCUGUGUAGGAGAAUCCAAGUCCUGUAUACUUUCUUUGCCUUGUUCCUGUUCUCAGGGUGACGACUGCCAUGUAGUUACCAGGAGAUGCAAUUCUAGUUCUUAAAUUGAAUUAACCCAUAUUUCUAAGGUGAUAUAUAGAAGAGAGAUUAUCUUUUCUCACUGAAUACAUAUCCAUCUUUGAUGACCAGCUAAGAUAUGAAAUCACUGUACUGUAAGUAGUCAAUAAAUGAAGGCUUGUUUCAGGCUGAAGAUUACCUAAGAGUAUUUAUUUUGGAAUGUGUGAAUCAACUGAAUAUAUUUUUAUUAUAUCAAAUCCUAUAUUAUAAGAAGAAAUGAUUAAUUUUCAGUUGUGUUUUUAUCAUCCUGUGAGAACAUAACCAACUUAAUCUUCAGUAUUAUUGCUAAGGUGCAAAUGUUUUCAUAAAUGAUUGAGUGUAUUGAAUUAUGAGAACUGGUGUCUGGCUGUAUAAUCUACUAGAAUGUUAUUUUUCUCAGUAGGUUUUCAUUUUGCUAUGGAAAAAAUUUAUAGGGUCAAUUGAGAUUGGGAUUGGUAAAUAGUUAAUUCAUUUGCAAUUACUUUGUUUUACGCUAAUGGUCUUCAUUUGCACAUCUCUGGGAAAAGAAAGAGCAUUAAAAUGUUCUGCAAUGGGUAAACUUGAAGGGUGUAUCUUCUUGCUACGUUAGUGGCUGAGUUCUCAGUAAAAAGGAGGCUAUUCGUGGAUCCUAGGAAUUCAUAUACUUUCUUCCCUUUAGUAUGUUGCUCAUAAUUUAAGCUAGUAAGCAAAUGAUUGUUGACAAGGCAGUGCUGUUGCUGGAAGAGGAAGGAAAGCACAUACUAGAAAAGUCUUUUUAUCAAUUCAAAGACACAUUUCUCUUAAAGUUUGACAGAAUUGGAUUGUGUAUCAUUUGCUAUUGAAACAAGUAAUUAACAGUGAAUUUUGUUAUAUGUUUUUAGGUCCUUUUUUUGUCUUUGUAAUCUUUAUGGUAAAACUAUCAAAAAUAGCAUAAUUGGAGUCUACGGCUAGCUUACCCAAAUCCUGCUUUGUCCAACUAUUUUUCAAGGAAUUGCAAGGAAGAACUCUGAUAAAUAGCACAUGUGCCAAGGAGGAAAUUGCUGAAAUUUCUGAAAAUUGCUGAAAUUGUGAUCUGAGCUACACACUGAAUUAGAGAAUGAAGCAGAACUAGUGUCUCUCUCUAUGCCUUGAGUGAGGCUCUUGCCAGGUGGGAAGAAGACUGAGUUUGCUAGAGAGCAUAAGGGUCUAAUUCUUCCUCACUACUACUGCGUUGUGAUUAAGCAAGAAGCAGGAGAAAACCGCUCCCAUGCAGGUGAUGUUUGAGGGCUUGUUGACGCAGCUUAUUAGUCACUAUGCCCUGUUGACAUCCUCUUCCCUAAAUAGUCCUUGGCAAAUUCUCAUUUGGAGACUUAUUUUUUCUGUUAUGUCCUAUUCAUUUUUUCUCUAGUUUUUUAUGUAAUAGAUGUACAGUACUGUGUAAGUUUAAAGUAUACAGCAUGUUUUGAUCUAUAUGUUGUAAAAUGAUUACCAUGAUGAAUUUAUUUGACAUCCAUCAUAUUGUAGGUACAAAAAAAGAUGUUUUUUCCCUGUGAUGAGAACUCUUUGGAUCUACUCUUAGCAACUUUCAAACAUCAUAAGGCAAUGUUAACAAUUAGAAUUAUCAGGUUGUAUAUUAUACUCUAUUCAUCUAAUGCUUUAAAACAUUCCAUUGUUUUAAGAUUUCCCCCCCUAAAUUAUUUGGAAGGAUUCACAUUCAACUGGAAGAACCUGUGUUAUAGAGUAGAAUGGGGUUUCUCAGCAGUAAAGUUGAUGCAGGCUAAAUUUCAGAGGCUUUGGAAAAAAAAAUUGCACUAAUAUAGUAAGAAUGAAUUAUUUUUCUUCUGAAUUUAGCAGAUCAGAAAAUCUCUGAAGUUUGUAGAGGGAAUAAAGCUGCUAUAAACCAUUCUUGUGUAGGUUUGCUGUGUACGUAAGAUUUAAACUCUUGGGAAAAUACCAAGGAGCGUGAUUGCUAGAUCAUAUGGUAUGACUAUAUUUAAUUUGGUAAGAAACUGCCAGACAGUCUUCUAAGGUGGCUGUACCAUUUCGCAUUUCUGCCAGCAGUGAAUGAGUUCCCUGCCAGCAUUUUGUGUUAUGUUUUGAAUUUAACAAGUUGAAUAGAUGUGUAGUGGCAUCUUGUUUUAAUUUGCAGUCCCAUAAUGACACAAGAUGCUGAAACGUCCUUCCAGGUAUUUAUUUGCAGUUGCAUAUUGUCUUUGGCAGGGUAUCUUUUUCAGAUCUUUCACCUGUUGUAUUUUUUUUUUUUUUUUUAAAUUGGGUUGGCUUUCUUAGUGAAUUCAGAAAGGUUUGGUAUGGUUCAUAAGACUUAUUUUAAAAAUGGGGUAACUUUUAAAUUGUAUUUUAUUUUUUGAAAGAGAUAAAAUUCAAGCAGUAUGAAGGCAUAUACAGUGAACAGUCUCCCAUUCUAUACUUCUAUUGCUUAUUUCCCUUUCUCAGGCAACUGUUUUCAGUUUCUGAUGUAAACAUUUAUUGAUACACAUGUGCAAAUAUUACUAUAUAUUUCAUUUUAAAAUAUAAAUUCUAGCAUACCAUACAUAGUAUUCUGUAUGUUUUUCUUUUACUACAUCCUAAAGAGCUUAUAUCAGUAUGCAAAU